GUGGAGAUGGGGUUAAAAGCCUGGAGCAAUGCUGCCCCACUGAACUUUGUCAAGACAGACACUGGAGAAGCAGACAUUAUGAUAUCCUUCCAAAGCGGAGAUCAUGGGGACUCGUACCCAUUCGAUGGUCCACGAGGGACUCUAGCGCAUGCGUUUGCUCCUGGAGAAGGACUAGGUGGAGACACCCAUUUUGAUAAUGCUGAGAAGUGGACGAUGGGGAUGAAUGGGUUCAACUUAUUCACUGUUGCUGCUCAUGAAUUCGGUCAUGCGCUGGGUCUUGCCCAUUCUACUGACCCGUCAGCAUUAAUGUAUCCCACAUACAAAUACCAGCAUCCCUUUGGUUUCCGCCUCCCCAAAGAUGACGUGAAAGGAAUUCAAGCACUAUAUGGGUCACGACAAUCUGGAUCCCGAGUCCACCAACAACCACUUCCCAAACCGCCAGCUCCAAUUGAUCCAGACCACUGUGACUCCAGGGUCUCAUUUGAUGCUGUCACGGUGCUAGGAAAAGAGCUUCUUUUCUUCAAAGACAGGGUCUUCUGGCGAAGACAAGCUCAACUGAAAAGUGUGCGGCCGCUCUCCAUUACAAGCUCUUUCCCUCAGCUCAUGUCAAAUGUAGAUGCUGCCUACGAAGUACCUGAGAGAGAAGUCGCUUAUUUUUUCAAGGGACCUCAUUACUGGAUAACUCGUGGGUUCCAAAUUCAGGGGCCCCCUCGGACCAUUGCAGACUUUGGGUUUUCCAGGAAUGUGCAGCACAUAGAUGCAGCCGUCCACCUAAAGGAUGAAAGGAAGACGCUCUUCUUUGUGGGAGAUGAAUUCUACAG